CUAUGACCCAAUGAGGUCAUCGCUGAUUUUUUAAUGUCAAUGCCAAACAGCCAAAAGUGUUAUUAUUGUCAAAACAUCAGAUAAAUUUUUAAGUAUUUCUUGGUAUUUCUUUUUAAUAAAAAUAAAAAUGGGUAUAUUUGGAAAAUCUUCCGAUCGAAAUCCUAAAGAAAUGGUGAACGAAUGGUCCCAUAAAAUACGAAAGGAAGGAUAUAAUUUGGAUCGACAAAUAAGAGCUAUUCAAAGGGAAGAGGAUAAAAUUAAAAAGUCCCUUAAAGAAGCCGCCGCAAAGAAUGACAAGCAAGUUUGUACUAUAUUAGCGAAGGAGAUUAUUAGAUCAAGAAAAACAAUUAGUAAAAUUUACACGAGCAAAGCGCAUCUUAAUUCAAUACAAAUGCAAAUGAAAAAUCAAUUGGCGACAUUGAGGGUAGCAGGUUCACUACAAAAGUCAACAGAGGUCAUGCAAGCAAUGCAAGCAUUGGUUCGUCUCCCAGAAAUAGCGCAAACCAUGCAAGAAUUAAGUAAAGAGAUGAUGAAGGCUGGUAUCAUUGAAGAAAUGUUAGACGAGACCAUGUCCGGUAUGGAGGAUGAAGAGGAAAUGGAGGAAGCUGCUCAGAGUGAGGUUGAUAAGGUGCUCUGGGAAUUAACCCAGGGUAAGUUAGGCGAGGCGCCUGCGCCCCCCACAGCUGUGGGAGCGCCCUCCACCAGCAAAGAGCCCGAGCCAGAGGUGCAAGAGGUUGAUGAGAGCGAGUUAGAUGAAAUGCAGUCAAGAUUACAGUCACUACGGUCUUAGGAUUGGCUUGAUAUGAUUAACUAGGAGUCGUCGUAUCACGUAGUGCGAAGAUACAAAAAUGCCUUUAACUAAUUUUAUAAAUGUUACAAUUGUCUUCACUAUAUGAUUAACGUUGUGAAUAUACAUAUAUUUGUAUUAAGUUUUAUUAAGGUAUGUUCAUAGUGUUUUCAGAUGAAUUAUAUAUUAAAUUAUUGAAUAAAAUUAAGAAGUUAAAAAGUGUAAGUCAAUAAUCUUUAAUCAGUCAAGUCAAUAAUUUUUUUAUAUUGCUAUGAAAUUACAAGUAUUUACUAUUUGGACAUUACAGCUGUUAAUAGUGUCAGAGAUAGGUAUUGUUUUAUUUAGGAAUAAAUAGUUUAUUUAGAACAUCUUGAUGUGUGGCAAAGAAACAUAAAUAAAUAAAUAAAAUAGAGGGCAAAAUUUAAUUAAAGUACAUAGACAAUG